GGGCUAAGCUGCGAGGGUUUAUAAGCGAGGGUCGGGACGUCUCACGGCAUUCCCGUGUCGGCUCCCGGUGUCUCCUGGACAUCAGCACUCCUAGUCAUUAGACCCUGGUCUUUGUUCAGCUUCAAGAUGUGGCGGCUACUACUGUUGGCUUUCGUUGCGACUGCGUCGGCGCAGAUCCCGUCGCUUGGCUGGUGUCCGGACUUUCAAGCAAUGGCGAAUUUCAACAUGAACCGCUUCUUAGGCACAUGGUAUGAAGCAGAGAGGUAUUUCACCGUGACGGAGCUGGGCACCCGCUGCGUCACCACGCAUUAUACCGCUACGCCCGAAGGCAGGAUCCUGGUCACUAACGAAAUUACUAACUCCUUAACCGGCUUCAAGCGGAUAAUGGAAGGUCACCUUCAGAAGGUGGGCAGGGAGGGCGAGGGUCGCGUGAUGGUGAAGUACUCCUCCGCUCCACUGCCUUACGACUUCGAGUACAGCAUCCUGGACACUGAUUACGAUAGCUAUGCCGUUAUGUGGUCUUGCAGUGGCAUUGGACCUGUACAUACACAAAACACUUGGCUGCUGUCCCGUGACAGGCUCCCAUCAUUGGCCGUGAUGCAGAACGCAUACGCCGUCCUCGACAGAUACAAGAUCUCCAGGACUUUCUUCCUGAAGACCAACCAGGCUGACUGCACAGUGCUGCCCGAGCCGGCAGCUGCAAGUGAGCUGGAUGGCAAGAGUGCUGAUGUGCCAGUGCCUGCUCCGGUUCCCGUGGAAGAGAAGGCUAAGGAGGUGGAACAGCCUGUUGAGAAGAGAGUCGAUCCCGAAGUCAAGGCCGUAGUCCCAGAAGAAAGAUCAGCAGUUCCCGAACCAGUUGAAGAAGCUAGCAAAGCGAUGCAAGUUCCUGAGCUGAUCAUGUCAGAAUCCGAAAAUAAGGAAGAGAAGAUUGAGCCAGCACCCGUCCCCGCACCUGAGGAGCCAGCAGUAGUCGCAGAAACGAAGGAAAUGAAAGAAACGCCAGCACAGUAGAAAUAGGUUUUUGAGAACGUACCAAGACUGUAGAUGAAACUAAAGUAGCUUUUCAUCGUCCAUUGAAAUUGCUAGUCAAGAGUUAAUUUUAGAGACGCAAAUGAUACGCCUGUAGUAAUUUUACAAGCAUCAAUUUGCCCUGCUAAAUGUUUUUGCUCUAGCAAGUCAGACUUGAAAAUCUUAGUCUUUAAUGUCUGUAUUUGUUUCGUAGAUACUUGAUAGUUUCUCACAGUCUUGUGGUUCGUUGAAUGUGUGAUUAGAAGUCAGUGGUGUCUCGUAUAGGGCUACUUUACCAAAUAAGUAAUAAGUACCUACUCGACACGCAGCGAUGCUUGCUAUUUGUAGGAGCAUCGCUUAGUUUUACUCGAUAGUCAUUGUCAUAAGCGAAGUCAGCUCUGAAAUAAAUUAAUAAGUG